AUGGAAUACAGAUUCUUAGGUAACACUGGCAUUAAAGUCUCUGCUAUAGGACUUGGAAACUACUUAAACGGUGAAACUCCUGAUAAAAGAGAAAAAAUCAUCUAAAUUGUUAAAAAAGCUUACAGCUUGGGCAUCAAUUUUUUUGAUACUGCUGAGUCUUACGGAUAUGGUGAGGGUGAAUUAUAGUAUGGAGAAGCUUUCAAAGAGCUUGGAAUUCCUAGAGAAGAAUUAGUUGUUUCUUCUAAAAUUUUUUGGGCAGUUACACCAUUUACUUCUUAGAUAUAAAAAGUUAACUAAAUUGGAUUAUCACGCAAACAUAUAAUAGAAGGAGUUAAAGUUAGUUUGAAAAGACUUCAAUUAGAUUAUUUAGACAUAGUCUAUUGCCAUAGAUUUGAUGAAGACACUCCACUUGAAGAAACAAUCAAAGCUUUCAACGACUUAAUACAACAAGGUCUUAUACAUUAUUGGGGAACUUCUGAGUGGUCUUGUGGCUAAAUUUUUGAAGCAAGAGAGAUUUGUGCUAAAUUAAAUUUAACUCCUCCAGUUUGUGAAUAGCCAUAAUAUAACAUGAUGGUAAGGGAAAGAUUCGAAGUAGAAUAUGGUAGGUUGUUUGACAAGUACAGAAUGGGUUCUACAGUCUGGAGUCCUCUUUGUGCAGGUAUUCUAACAGGAAAAUACAAUGAUGGCAAAUUUCCUUUAGGUUCUAGAUUGAAUGAAUAUAAAGAUAGUAUUCUUUUAAAAAGGAUUUUUGAUACUUAUUUUGCUGAAGAUAAAAAGGAAAAUCUCUUAAAACUACUUAACGCCCUUGGUGAAGUGGCUAAUAAAAUAGGCUGCACAUAAACAUAAUUAGCUAUGGCUUGGGUUCUUGCAAAUCGUGAUGUCUCUACAGCAAUCACAAGUGCUACUAAACCUGAGUAACUAGACGAAAUAGUGAAGUCCUUGGAGGUAGUAAAAAAGUUAACCCCUGAAAUAAAUAAAGAAAUUGAUCAAAUUUUACGAAAUAAACCUUAAGUUGGAAUUGACUACAAAACAUACAUGCCAAACAAGUCUGUUAGAAGAGACUAGAAUAUAGUCAAAAAUUAAUAUUUUGAUUAAUGA